GAGUGCCUGGUACCAGAAACAAACAGCUGCUGAUGGCCACCCCUCAUCCAGACCCCUCACUGCAGGAAAGGCAGCCCCCUACCCCAUUCAGAUGCACCCAUUAUUUGAAAUUGUUUGAAGUCGUUUUGAAAUGAGAACUUGCCUGCAACCUACUGUUAGGUACUUUUCACAGAUCAGCACCCCUGUCUAUUCACGCUUCAUUGCAUUUAAGAGAGGAAGUGAGCAGCAGAAGGCAGCGAUGGUAUUUCAGGGACCCAGAGGAGUGGAGGACUAGGAGGAGCCUUGGGAGGGGUGAUGCCCUGAUCAGAGAGGCUGGGUGAAUUGCACCUCCAUCUGAACACAUUCCUGCCUCCAGUGCUGAGCAGAUGUGUCUCCAGAUUUGUUUCAUCGAUUUUUCCAAAGCGUGGAAAAUGGAGGUGAGGCACCCGGACUUCUGAACGCCCGCCGAGGAGAUAACCGAGCGAGCCCUUCAGGAUGCCGGAGAGGCGGGGGCGACCCUGAGAGGCAGACACAGAGGUGCCGGCGUGCAGGGAGUCCCGGGCGUGCUGUGGAGCCCUGCUGGGGAGAUGUCGGCUUGGACCAUGGGCGCCCGCAGUCUGGACAAGCGAGGAAGUUUCUUUAAGCUCAUUGACACGAUUGCCUCGGAGAUCGGAGAACUGAAACAGGAGAUGGUGCAGACAGACCUCAGCCUGGAGAAUGGCCUGGGACCCAGCGAAACCCACAGCAUGGUAAGACACCAGGACAGUGGCCGCUCUGAGGAGAAGGACAUGAAGCCCUGUCCCCGCGACUCCGGCUAUGACAGCCUCUCCAACAGGCUCAGCGUCCUGGACCGGCUCCUGCACACCCACCCCGUCUGGCUGCAGCUGAGCCUCAGCGAGGAGGAAGCCGCGCAAGUCCUACGGCCGCAGCCUCCGGGGAUCUUCCUGGUUCGUAAAUCCACGAAAAUGCAGAAGAAAGUCCUCUCCCUUCGCCUGCCCUGUGAAUUUGGAGCCCCGCUCAAGGAGUUCACCAUAAGGGAAAGCACAUACACCUUUUCCCUGGAAGGCUCGGGAAUCAGUUUUGCAGAUUUAUUCCGGCUCAUUGCUUUCUACUGCAUCAGCAGGGACGUUCUCCCGUUCACGUUGAAGUUGCCUUACGCCAUCGCCACAGCCAAGACGGAGGCCCAGCUUGAAGAGCUUGCUCAGCUGGGACUAAAUUUUUGGAGCUCUCCAGCUGACAACAACCCCCCAAACCCUCCACCUCCCCAUAGGCCUCUCUGCUCAGACGGUGCCGCUCCAGCCUCCCGCCAGCUCUGCCUUAUAAAUGGAGUGCAUUCUAUAAAAACGAGGACGCCUUCGGAGCUGGAGUGCAGCCAGACCAACGGAGCCCUGUGCUUCAUUAAUCCUCUCUUCUUGAAAGUGCACAGUCAGGACCUCAGCGGAGGCCCGCGGCGGCCCUGCACCCGGACUCCCAGCGCGAAUGGCACCGAGAGGCCCCGGUCCCCCCCACCCAGGCCCCCGCCGCCCACUAUUUAUAGUCUGCACGCCAGCCCUCAGCUGUCCAGGACCGCGGCCCCGGCGAGCAUGCCGGAAACGGCCACCCAUCACCAACAUGGGAACGUAGCUCUGCUUGGAGCGAAACCAACCCCCGUGCCUCCACCCCGGCUGAAGAAGCAGGCUUCUUUUCUAGAGGUGGAGGGCAGCGCCAAGACCUUGACCGGCAGCCGGCCUCGCCCGGAGCCCGCGGCCGGCCCUGCGGGCAGCGCAGGUGGAGCCCGGACGGCAGGGGAGGAGGAGGAGGAGGCGGCCCCAGGGGAUUGCACAAGGGCCCAGCCCGCCGCCGCUUCAGCAUCCUCGUCCCGGUCCCCGUGGUGCGGCGGCGGCAGACAGAGGCUGAGUGACAUGAGCCUCUCCACUUCCUCCUCCGACUCGCUGGACCUGGACCGCAGCAUGCCCCUGUUUGGCUAUGAGGCAGACACCAACAGCAGCCUGGAGGACUACGAGGGGGAGAGUGACCAGGAGACCAUGCCCCCCCCUAUCAAGUCCAAGAAGAAGAGGAACAGCUCCUUCGUGCUGCCCAGGCUCGUCAAGUCCCAGCUCCGCAAGAUGAGCGGGGUGUUCAGCUCCUUCCUGACGCCGGAGAAGCGCAUGGUGCGGAGGAUCGCUGAGCUGGCCCGGGACAAGCGCACCUACUUCGGCUGCCUGGUGCAGGACUAUGUGAGCUUCCUGCAGGAGAACAAGGAGUGCCACGUGUCCAGCACCGACCUGCUGCAGACCAUCCGGCAGUUCAUGACCCAGGUGAAGAACUACCUGUCCCAGAGCUCGGAGCUGGACCCCCCCAUCGAGUCGCUGAUCCCCGAAGACCAAAUAGAUGUGGUGUUGGAGAAAGCCAUGCACAAGUGCAUCUUGAAGCCCCUGAAGGGCCACGUCGAGGCCAUGCUGAAGGACUUCCACGUGGCCGACGGCUCGUGGAAACAGCUCAAGGAGAACCUGCAGCUGGUGCGGCAGAGGAACCCCCAGGAGCUGGGCGUCUUCGCCCCCACCCCUGACUUGGUGGAUGUGGAGAAAAUCAAAGUCAAGUUCAUGACCAUGCAGAAGAUGUAUUCACCAGAAAAGAAAGUCAUGCUGCUGCUGCGGGUCUGCAAGCUCAUCUACACCGUCAUGGAGAACAACUCAGGGAGGAUGUAUGGAGCUGACGACUUUCUGCCGGUCCUGACCUACGUCAUAGCUCAGUGCGACAUGCUGGAGCUGGACACCGAGGUCGAGUACAUGAUGGAGCUCCUGGACCCAUCGCUGCUCCACGGGGAAGGAGGCUAUUACUUGACGAGCACCUACGGGGCACUUUCUCUGAUAAAGAAUUUCCAAGAAGAACAAGCGGCAAGGCUGCUCAGCUCAGAGGCCAGGGACACCCUGAGGCAGUGGCACAAGCGGAGGACCACCAACCGGACCAUCCCCUCGGUGGACGACUUUCAGAACUACCUCCGGGUUGCAUUCCAGGAGGUCAACAGUGGCUGCACAGGAAAGACCCUGCUGGUGAGGCCUUAUGUCACCACUGAGGACGUGUGUCAGCUCUGUGCCGAGAAGUUCAAGGUGGGGGACCCCGAGGCAUACAGCCUCUUCCUCUUCGUGGACGAAACAUGGCAGCAGCUGGCAGAGGACACGUACCCUCAGAAAAUCAAGGCUGAGCUGCACAGCCGGCCACAGCCCCACGUCUUCCACUUUGUCUACAAGCGCAUCAGGAGAGACCCCUACGGCGUCAUCUUCCAGAACGGGGAGGAAGAGCUCACCGCCUCCUAGGAGACACGCGGGAUUUCCCAGCGGUGCAUCCGAAAGGGGGUUGGGAACCUGGCCUUCUGACUUCCCCGUGCUUGGGGAAGCCACCGCCUUGGGGAGCCCUCGGUUCAGUGACUAAGCCGUUCACAGGCCGAUUCGGCCGCGGGCACCUUUUGUCAGUCCCCCAAGCAGGGUAGCUGAGGUUCCUGGAACAGUAGGAUCCGUCCUUCAGAGAUGGAGAAUUGCAUCUGGCAGCUCAGGUGUCCCGAGAUCACUGGCUGCCGACCCCAGCCAGGUCCCAGGUUGGCUCACGUGUGUGUGUGCGCACGGAACGGACACGUCCAGGGCGGGCGCUCCUCCGAGGGCAGCAGCAGGAGUUUGGGAGACCGUCCGAUGUCGCACAUCAGGGACUUCUCAGUUCUGUGGACACCUCUGUUCUUUCCUUUUUCCUUUUUUUUCUUUCUUUCUUCCUUUUUUUUUUUUUUUUUUUACAAAGAGCCUUUGUGUUUUUAUAUAUUUCAUAGAAAUUUUUAUAGCAGUUGCAGGUAAACUGUCAGGAUUGGUUUUUAAAAUAUUUUUGUAACUUUAAGAUAUUCUAUAAUUAUGCAUGUGAUUUUAACAUUUAAUAUGCAAAAAAAAAAAAGGAAUCUCUUGCUGGAUUUGAGAGUAUUGUGUCUUUAAAGUCUCUCUCCUGUAACUGGAUGUUGCAGUCACUUUGUGGGGAGAGAUGGCUGGGUUUCUUAAAGUGCUGUAUGGCUGACACUGGCCACCGAAUGCCUUUGGAAAUCUGACAUUCUGUUGUUACCUUGUUCACGCUUCGUAGUGUUGCCCUGUUUUGUCUUUUAACCAAGUGGUGCUGAGGAUCAGGAGAGAAAUGAAUGUAGAGAGAGGUCGAGAGGGAAAUACAGACUAACAACGAACUAAGGCGAGGAGCCUGCUGGUCCAGGCUCCUGCAGGGAAGCGGGGCGAGGAGUAGAAGGAGCCACCUACGCUGAAGACACUGUAAAGACGCAGUGAGACCUGCAGAGUCUGUCCCGUGUUACUUGCUUUUGUAAGCAAUUUUCAAAACCUCACAAGGGGAAAAAAUAUGUAAGAGCAACACUUUUUUUAUUUCCCUUUCCACAUAAAUCAAAACUACCAGCAUCCAAUAUGAGAGAGAAGAUAAACGAACCGGUCCACCGGAGUCUCCUGCAGGGAGAAGAAAAAAAAAACUAACAGCAUCAAAUAAUUUUGGGCAGAAACCAAGUCUUGUGUAAUGUGACUUUCACUGAGUUAAAGAAACACCGUUUGGAAAGGAGUUUGCAGAUGCACCAAAAAGCACAUUUAUGGUGUAAGAACGUGCAGUGAAGUUAAAUCUCUGUUUGGGAGACCUGUUUGGGGGCGCACAAUGGAUGAGAGCCUCGUACCAAUGUAAUGGGUGGAAGUCACACAGACACGUUCCUGUGCUGUGGAAGGAUGCCCAGGCGUCUCACGCAGUUGGCUUUGUACCCUUGUACUUUUUAAAGCUUUUGCUGUACACCUGGAACCCUCAGCACGCACCGUGCUGUUCUUCCUUUUGUAAAUGAUUUUUUAAAUGGAAUUUUGCACAUAAUACAAUGUAAUACUGUACGAUAAUCACGUGUGAAAAUAAUUCUUGAAACCUUC